UCUCUUCCCUUUUGCGGCCAUCACCGAAGCGGGAGCGGGUAAGGAUUUGGCGGGCAAGCGGGUGUAAUCAGCAGCCAUCCGUUCUUGGGCAUGGUGGCUUCCGACCGCGGGGACCCCGAGAGUCUCUCGUCGGCCGAGUAGCAGCCAGGAAGGAGAGACUGGGAUGGUUUUUUACCUGUUGCUUUCUUAAAUCAAGGGCCGCCGGGCCGGAGAUGGAUGGAGGGACCGGGGAUUUGGGGACUCGAAAACGAGCUGAGGGAAGGGAGCCUGUGGAAAUAGACUGGAGUCUGGGUAGUGUCGUUUCCUAGAGAAUGGUGUCGAAGUAACUUCUCGCUAAAGUCUUCACGGAACUUCCAGACCACACUUGCCCACUGGGACGCUUUUAGGACCCGAGACGUGUGCAGGCUUUUCCAGCCAAAAUGAAGUUUAAUCCCUUUGUGACUUCCGACCGAAGCAAGAAUCGCAAAAGGCAUUUCAAUGCACCUUCCCACAUUCGAAGGAAGAUUAUGUCUUCCCCUCUUUCCAAAGAGCUGAGACAGAAGUACAACGUGCGGUCCAUGCCCAUCCGAAAGGAUGAUGAAGUUCAGGUGGUACGUGGACACUAUAAAGGUCAGCAAAUUGGCAAAGUAGUCCAGGUUUACAGGAAGAAAUAUGUUAUCUACAUUGAACGGGUGCAGCGGGAAAAGGCUAAUGGCACAACUGUCCACGUAGGCAUUCACCCCAGCAAGGUGGUUAUCACUAGGCUAAAACUGGACAAAGACCGCAAAAAGAUCCUUGAACGGAAAGCCAAAUCUCGCCAAGUAGGAAAGGAAAAGGGCAAAUACAAGGAAGAAACCAUUGAGAAGAUGCAGGAAUAAAGUAAUCUUAUAUACAAGCUUUGAUUAAAACUUGAAACAAAGA